AUGGCUCUACGCGCUCUUUGUUCGCUGCAGCAGCAGCAGCAGCAGCAGCAGCAGCCCCAGAGGGCCUGCUGCAGCCAGAGAUAUCCACAUGCGGUGCACUUAGAGCCAAGGACUUGUUUUUUGUAUCAGCCCGUCUUUCCUUGGAUUGAGUGUAGCGUUGAGAGCUGCUUCACAGCAGCAGCAGCAGCAGCAGCAACUGCAGCGGCAGCAGCAGCAGCAAACCUAGCACAAACAGGGUCUCUGCACAGUUUAGCAAAUCGAAAUGGAGUUAGGGUUUAG